AUGACCACUGGGCACAGCUUAUCCCUGCUCUUAUGUAACCUGUUGCAUAAAGCGGGUGUGUGGGCAGGGGUGCUGCCAGCAGCGGGGGCUAUAAAGGUGGGUGCAGCGUCUCCUGCCCACAUCCUCUCCAGGGCAAGGGUGACAGCAGCACUGCCCAGCCUGGCUCUGGCCCUGCUCUACCUGCUGCAGGCAGGGGCCCAGGUCCCUGUGCAACUGGACUUGGACACUGAGAAGUUUGCAGGGGUGUGGCAUGUCACAGCCAUUGCUUCCAACUGCUCCAUCUUCCUGAAGAUGAGGGAUGGGAUGAAGUCAUCCAUGGCCAUCAUCAGCUUCAUGCCAGAAGGGGACCUGGCCAUGAAGUUGGUCUGGCCCUUGAUGCACAAAUGCCAAAAGUUUCAGCUUCUCUUCCAGCAGAGCGAGCAGGCAGGACACUACACAGGAGCACAAGAGAAGAGGGAUCUGCAUGUGAUGGAGACAGACUGCAGCCACUACGCUGUCCUGCACGAGGCCCAUCACGGCGAGGCAGAGCCCAGCACAGCAUUGCAGCUCCUCAGUGCAGAGCAGGACCUGAGCCCCCAGCUCCUGCAGAAGUUCAUGGAGCUCAUCCCCACCAUGGGCCUGACUAAGGACAUGCUGGCCAUCCUGCCCAAGUCAGAUCAGUGCACCAGGGACAUCAGGUGA